GAUUAACAGGAAUUAUGCUUUCAAAUUCCUCAAUUGAUAUUAUUUUACAUGAUACAUAUCUACUAUGUUGUAGGACACUUUCAUUAUGUUCUAUCUAUAGGAGCUGUAUUCUCAAUUAUUGCAAGCUUUAUUCACUGGUUUCCUAUAUUCUCAGGAUUUUUUUUUUUAUAUUUAUUGGUGUAAAUCAAACUUUCUUUCCUCAGCAUUUUCUAGGUCUUAUAGGAAUACCUCGCCGAUAUUCGGAUUACCCUGACUCAAUAAGUGCUUUGAAUUUAAGAUUCAAGAAUGAAAUUUAUAUUUUUGUUAAAAAUUUCUACAUGAAAUAUGUAUAUAUUCCAAGAUUCAAAUUCGUUCUACUCUAUCAUACAGAUAAUCUAAUCUCAUUUCACAAUUUUGUAAUAACAUUUAUUCUAAUAAUUACUUCUUUAACUAUUUUUUUCAUUGUUGAUUUUAUGACAAAUACUUAUUCUAACUUUAACUUGCUAAAAAAUCACACUAUCGAGAUUAUU